AUGUCCACAUCACAAGACGGCGCAUGGAAAGCGAAGGAGACCAGCGAAGAAGCCCGGUACGCUCACCAGAAGGAGCAAGAACAACUCGCAGCAUUGCGUGCUAAGAACUCCGAUGCGAGCAAGCCUGCCAGCAGCACGAACACCUCGAAGGAUCGUGAUUUCGAGGGUGGCUAUGGAGGACAGGAAGAUCUGGAGGAUAGGUAUGCGACGACGAGUGGGGAGCAUUGAGUAUAAGAUAUUAUUCGGGUGGUGGUAGGCUCUAGUCGUUUGCUCAGGGGCUAGUAGGAAGGGGAAGACAGGACGACCGACGAAAUAUGGACAGUUUCGAUGUAUGAAUAGCUUUUCGAUGCAGUAACGAAAAAUAUUGUCAGACCAUACCUAUCUGACC